ACGUGACAACCUUUUUUUAUUUUUUAAUGUAUUAAUUACUAUAUGAGUAAAGAGCCAAGUAGGCACUUUCACAAGCACAAACAAAUGUAAAAUAAAAUACAGCAUAAUGAAAAUAAUCAAAAGGAAUUUAAAGGUACAAAUCAUGUAACGGAGGUAUAUAUGCGUAAAUAACCAAACCAAAACACGUACGUAGCACAAUGAAAACAACUGAUUACAACUAUAAUAUAAUAAAAGAUACAUUAGUCACACAUGACGUGAUACUUCAAGGAGUAGAUGUAGAAGGUGGAAGAGAGAAGAACGGAAUGGAUGGGAGAUUAGUCGGAAGUGAAGGAAACACUGUCGGAAACGAAGGCAACGUUGGCAUUGGAGGCAUUGCAGUGGGUAUUGUGGGAAGAGUUGGUUGUGGCAAAGUUGAUGGCAUUGGAAACGGAGGCAUUGCAGUGGGCAUUGUGGGAAGAGUUGGUAGAGAUGGUUGUGGCAACGUUGAUGGCAUUGGAGGUAGUCCCAUUGUCGGGAUAGGCAGGUUAGGAAUUUGAGGAAGAGGUUGUUGCUGUUGCUGGAGAAGGCGCCGUGAGGCUGAACAAGUGUUGAUCAUACUAGAUGUAGAGAGACUCACUAAGAAAGCGAUGAGAACGAGCUUGUAUGAUGCCAUGUUUUUGCGUAUGCUGAUGAAACUCUAGUUAUGGUUAAGGCUCUCUAGCUGGUUUGCUUCACUUGUAUUUGCUUUGUGUU